GAAAACAGGCCAAGGGGCAGACGUGGGCAAGAAACACAAACUUACAUAAUUUCCACACAGCACUUUGUUGGUUAAAUUGCUCAGUGUUCAACAUUCCUCUGGAUCUUCUCGAGAUUUCUGAGGAUGGUGGAACCAAGCGGGAGAUAUCAGCAGUUACCCAGUGAGGAGGAAGCAGAGGAGGGGCCUCAGGUGAGCUCUGAUGCUCCGCCCCCUUACAGCAGCAUUGCAGCAGACAAUGCAGCGUAUUUUGAUUACAAAGAAGACUCUGCAUUCCCCAAACCGCCAUCUUAUAACGUAGCCACGUCGCUGCCGUCGUAUGAUGAGGCUGAGAGAAGCAAGGCGGAAACUUUUGUUCCUCUGGUGGCAGGACGAGAUGAGGACUUUGUGGCCAGAGAUGAUUUUGAGGAUGCAGACCAGCUGCGAAUCGGCAACGACGGCAUUUUCAUGCUGACUUUCUUUAUGGCAUUCCUCUUCAACUGGAUCGGUUUCUUCCUGUCCUUCUGCCUGACCACCUCGGCGGCGGGUCGUUAUGGCGCCAUCUCCGGCUUCGGCUUGUCCCUUAUUAAGUGGAUCCUGAUCGUGAGAUUUUCGACCUAUUUCCCUGGCUAUUUUGAUGGUCAGUAUUGGCUGUGGUGGGUGUUCCUGGUGCUCGGUUUUCUGCUCUUCCUCCGGGGCUUCAUCAACUACGCCAAGAUCCGCAAAAUGGCCGACUCUUUCUCCACUCUCCCAAGAACCAGAGUCCUCUUCAUCUAUUAAAGCUUCAUGUUCUUAAGCUUCUGUACGUGUAAUCAUGUUUAAUUGUAAAUACUAAAGCGUGUAAGUUCAUUAUUCAUGAUGAUUCUGAUUUUCGUCCUCCUGCAGCAGCUUGUUGGAAACCGAUACAGAAUUUCUGGCCUCCGCGGAGCCGAGGGAUCACCUCAUGUUUAAAGAAAAAA